CAAAUCCGUGCAGCAACGAACAUUUGGGAGAAGUUCGUUGCGAUGCUACGACUGGCCACACUUGCCAUGCAACAUUCAAUCAGACUAUAGCUCACGUACACCAUGGUCCAUCAGGGCCGCUUCCUCCAGGCGCGAGAGCUGGAGCCAACCGCUAUCGCAAGCCAGCUGAACGAGGAGUCCGCAAUCAAGGAAUGGCAGACCUACCGGGAUCCCGACAUGGCAGGACUGGCUACAGACGGGCAAGCAACAUUCAAGCCGCCUGCCAAUGGCAACGGAGCGCCCAUGAUCAGCCCGAACCACUCGACGCCGAGACCUGGCUUGAAGCGUCGACAAGCUGCCGAUUUCAGUGACGAAUGCCUCGACACGCCCUACUUGACGCCUGAUUCGUCUGGACCUCAUCGCCAGCAGCAACAGCCGGACAAUGACCAAGCCACGUCGACAGCGAGCCAGGCAGAGCUCUUGCACGCACACAAGAAGCGUAGAAAGGAGCUCGGCUUUGAGCCUGUCUUCGCCAAGCUCACGCUCUCGAGACCGGAAGGAGACUCGCAGCAGUCAGGUCAUGUUGUGGUCCCCAGAGUGGACCAAGGGACGACGCAGACAGACACGCACAUUGUCAGUGGCAGCUCAUCUGCACCCGAAGUCCGAAUGGAUGAUCCUUACGUCGUCUAUGUCGACUCGCUAGAUGUCUCGGACGACGAGGAAAGCGCAACUCCGCCAACACUGAAGCUCAAUUCCAAGCUAGCCAGCUGGUUGCACGCGACACCUGGCCCACCUCUCUAUAAGGCGCCCGACCUGCGCAUCUCCUCUGAGGACCAGAUGCGCAAUCAAGGCGCCCUUAUACCUUACGUACCACCUCUAGCGAUCUCUGCACCCUCAGGUUUCUCCGAAGAGACUUCGAGCGGGGAUAUCGACGGUAUGAUCCUUGACGAUAUGUAGCAGGACGUGUCACCAUGUUGGCAAAUUUGACAAGCAAUCUUGUUGUGACAAUAUCAUACGUCUAGUGCGCUUCAUGAUCUUCCGGAUGUGGCACUAUAUCCUGAGCGUCUCCCCAAUGUUGAGUGUGUUGAAUACCUUCUCGUCCAGACCGGCGUCUCUGCACGCCUUUGCCACUCUUUCCUCGUCUUUGCUAAAGAUCUCAUCGCCCAAUGCCCAACAACCCCAAUGCAUAGCGAUGCUGCGUUUGCUCUUGAUAUGCUUGUGGAUUAUCACCGCAUCAUUUGGGGAAGCGUGCACAGAACUGAAUGCCGUUCGAGGCGAGAAGGCUCCGACAGGUAUGAAAGCGAGGUCGAAUC